UGUGUGAGGCCUUCCGGUUUCUCUCUGGCAGAUCAGCUGACUCUGAUGCUGCUGUCAGGAGACCUCACCAACUGUAUUGAAUGGAAACUAUGACAAUUAUCAAGCCAUAGAAACGCUAUUAACAGCUAUAGUUUUCACUGCUAACGGCUACGUUGUUGUAUUCACAGUUUUCUCUAGCUGCACCAGUGCUGUAAACCAUGACAGAGUUUUGGUUGAUCUCUGCACCGGGAGAGAAGACCUGCCAGCAAACAUGGGACAUAAUGAUGGCAGCCACCACACGUACCAACAACCUCUCCACCAACCAUAAGUUCAACAUCCCAGACCUCAAGGUGGGGACACUAGAUGUCUUGGUUGGGCUGUCGGAUGAACUGGCCAAAUUAGACUCCUUUGUCGAAAGUGUGGUGAAGAAGGUGGCUCAGUACAUGGCUGACGUGCUGGAAGACAGUCGAGACAAAGUACAGGAGAACCUGCUGGCCAACGGAGUUGAUCUUGUCACCUAUAUCACAAGAUUUCAAUGGGACAUGGCAAAAUAUCCCAUCAAACAGUCCCUUAAAAACAUCGCUGAAAUCAUCUCAAAGCAAGUAACCCAGAUAGACAAUGACUUGAAGACUAGAGCAUCAGCUUAUAACAACCUGAAGGGAAACCUGCAGAACCUAGAAAGGAAAAAUGCGGGGAGCCUGCUGACCAGGAGCCUGGCUGACAUAGUCAAGAAGGAAGACUUUGUACUUGACUCAGAGUACCUCAUCACUCUGCUGGUAGUUGUACCAAAGAUCGCAUACAAUGACUGGCAUAAAACAUAUGAAACGCUGGCUGAGAUGGUGGUGCCACGAUCCUCACAUCUGCUAUUUGAAGACAAUGACAGUGGACUGUUCAGUGUCACUCUUUUUAUGAAAGCCAUCGAUGACUUCAAACACAAAGCCAGAGAGAACAAGUUCACAGUGAGAGACUUCCGGUACAAUGAAGAGGAGAUGAAGGCAGACAAAGAUGAGAUGACACGGCUCUCCACAGAUAAGAAGAAGCAGUUUGGCCCACUUGUCCGAUGGCUGAAAGUGAACUUCAGUGAAGCCUUCAUCACAUGGAUUCACAUCAAAGCACUAAGGGUCUUUGUGGAAUCUGUUUUAAGAUAUGGGCUGCCGGUGAACUUUCAGGCUAUGCUGCUGCAGCCAAGCAAGAAGACGGUAAAGAAGCUGAGGGAGGUACUCAAUGAUCUGUACAAACAUCUGGACAGCAGCGCUGCAGCUAUCAUUGAUUCUGCGAUGGACAUCCCAGGCCUAAACCUGAGCCAGCAGGAGUAUUAUCCUUACGUCUACUACAAGAUCGAUUGCAACCUGUUGGACUUUAAAGUUUAACGCUUGACCCGUUUUGUAUUUAUGUUGAGUGUUGAUUUAGUCUUUCCCGGUACAAACCUCCUUGCUGUCUGUCUGUCAGCUCUCCCUAUCAGCUGCUUGAAUGAAAACGCUGCAUGUUCCUUCAUCGUGGUGAAAGGGCUUAUCAGCAAGCUUCUAUUACUUUAUAACCAAGGGACAAAAAAAGAUUUUUAAUUAUUGUAUUGUUUUUUUUACAGUUUAUUUUUCUUCUCAAGCUACACAGAUUUUUUUUAGCUUUUUUGAUGUGAAAUUGACAAAGAACUCAUGUUGGAAAUAUUGUAAAUUUACUGCGUCAUUCCACAAGUGCUGGUGUGUAUUGAUGGCUACAUCUUCUGUAUCGGUGUUCACAGAUCUAUGUUAACAUAUGGGCAGUGUUAUCACUGUACCCAUGGCAACCAGUUCUGGUGCAUUUCUGAGAUUGUGGGCUCACCCUUGCAGACAUUGCGUAACAAAAAUGUUAUAUGAGUGUGUGUCUCAUGUUGUGUAUAUUUGCUGUCAAAUAAGAUCUGUCUGAGUAUGUGUAAGCCAUUGGUUGAAUAAAUAGGAUUGAUGAAUAAAUCAUA